AUGUUUAAAUCGGGCAAGAAGGUUGAGGACAGUUACACCUGCACACUGAGUCCACAACUGCAAGAAAAAGCCACCAAAGAAUUGAACGAGGAUCCAAAAACUCGCCUGCUCGAAGUCAAAAAUUUAAGGACUAGACUGGAGAAAGUUCCAGGUCUGCAGCUACGAACCGAUGUCCAGUUUCUCCUACGUUUCUUACGAGCUCGCAAGUUUGACCAGGAAAGGACUUUCCAACUUGUGAAGAACUAUUACGACAUCCGUCUCCAGUUUCCGGACAUUUUCAGUGAUCUGAAGCCAACUCGGGUUCGGCAUGUCUUUGAUGAUGGCGUAUUUGAAGUACUGAAACAUCGGGACAAGGACGGGUGUAGAAUCGUCAUUUUUAGGCCAGACAACUGGAAUCCGGAUCACUACAGCCAGAUGGACGUCCUAAAAGCCAAUUAUUUGCUCUUCACAAAGAUUUUAGAGGAUGAAGACACACAAGUCAGUGGAGUCCGCCUAAUUGGCAACUUGGCCACUUACAGCCUCAAACAGGCAGUACAAUUCACACCAAGCCAGGGCAAAUUUUUUAUCAGCACCAUCCAGGAUGUUCUGCCGAUGAGGCUGAAGAAAUUUGACAUUGUGCACGAACCAGGAUUUUUUGACGUUGUUUUUGCAAUUAUGAAAUCCUUCUUGAAGCCAAAAUUUUUGGAAAGGACUGCACUGAAUGGAGACAAGUUUGACAACUUGCAUGCUUCGAUUGAGCCAGGGUUUUUGCCCACAGAUCUCGGAGGCAAACUAAAACCACACAGUUGCAAGGAAUUCGUUGAGUCGCUGCUGGCCUCGGACGCCCAGUUUGAAGAAGACAACAAGUUCGGUUUCGUGAAGAUGAACGUGAACAGCGGCACUUCUGUCAGCAAAAGUGGAGAUGCCGACAUGCAAGGACUUGGCGGGACAUUCAAGAAACUAGACAUAUAA